GCCCUUCCCGCCGCGCUGCAGCAGCGGGCAGGUGCGUGAGGCGGUGCGGGUAGAGGACUGUGCAGACGCGGACUAGCCAUGGAACACAUCCGCACGCCUAAGGUUGAAAAUGUCCGCCUGGUCGAUCGAGUGUCUCCUAAAAAAGCCGCCUUGGGAACUUUGUAUUUGACAGCCACUCAUUUCAUAUUCGUGGAAAAUGCACCUGACAGCAGAAAAGAAACUUGGAUUCUUCACAGUCAGAUUUCCACUAUUGAAAAGCAGGCAACAACAGCUACUGGAUCCCCUCUGCUUAUUCGCUGCAAGAACUUUCAGAUAGUACAACUCAUUAUACCACAGGAAAGAGAUUGCCAUGACGUGUACAUCUCUCUCCUACGCCUCGCCAGGCCAGUGAAAUAUGAGGAGUUAUACUGUUUUUCAUUCAACCCUAAACUUGAUAAAGAAGAGAGAGAACAAGGCUGGAUGCUGGUCAACCUCAGUGAAGAGUACAAGCGGAUGGGCCUCCCUAAUCACUACUGGCAGCUCAGCGAUGUGAACAGAGACUACCGAGUUUGUGACUCAUACCCGACUGAACUGUAUGUUCCUAAAUCGGCCACGGCACACAUCAUCGUGGGGAGUUCCAAAUUCCGGAGCAGACGGCGAUUUCCUGCCCUUUCUUACUACUACAAAGAUAACCACGCCUCCAUCUGCCGGAGCAGCCAGCCGCUGUCCGGCUUCAGUGCCCGGUGCCUGGAGGAUGAGCAGAUGCUUCAGGCCAUCAGGAAGGCCAAUCCGGGAAGCAACUUCAUCUAUGUCGUGGACACUCGGCCUAAGCUGAACGCCAUGGCAAACCGUGCGGCGGGGAAAGGCUAUGAGAAUGAAGACAAUUAUUCCAAUAUCAAGUUUCAGUUUAUCGGGAUAGAGAACAUCCAUGUCAUGAGGAACAGUCUGCAAAAGAUGCUGGAAGUGUGUGAACUUAAAUCUCCUUCGAUGAGUGACUUCCUGUGGGGACUGGAGAACUCUGGCUGGUUAAGGCACAUUAAGGCCAUCAUGGAUGCAGGCAUCUUCAUUGCAAAGGCUGUUUCCGAGGAAGGAGCUAGUGUGCUUGUUCAUUGCUCUGAUGGGUGGGAUAGGACGGCACAGGUGUGCUCUGUAGCCAGCCUCCUGCUGGAUCCGCACUACCGGACUCUGAAGGGCUUCAUGGUGUUAAUUGAAAAGGACUGGCUUUCCUUUGGACAUAAGUUUAAUCAUAGAUAUGGCAAUCUAGACGGUGACCCCAAAGAAAUCUCUCCAGUUGUUGACCAGUUCAUUGAAUGUGUCUGGCAGUUAAUGGAACAAUUUCCCUGUGCCUUUGAGUUCAAUGAGAGGUUUUUGAUUCACAUUCAACACCACAUUUAUUCCUGCCAGUUUGGAAACUUCCUGUGUAACUGUCAAAAGGAGAGACGAGAACUCAAAAUUGAAGAAAGAACAUACUCUUUGUGGGCUCACCUGUGGAAGAAUCGAGCCGACUAUCUGAAUCCUCUGUUCAGAGCGGAUCGAAGUCAGACCCAGGGAACCCUUCAUCUCCCCUCAGCGCCCUGCAACUUCAUGUACAAGUUUUGGAGUGGCAUGUAUAACCGCUUUGAAAAGGGGCUGCAGCCGCGGCAGUCAGUUCCUGAUUACCUGAUGGCAGUGAAGGAGGAAACGCAGCAGCUGGAGGAAGAGCUAGAGACCCUUGGAGAAAGGCUGGAAAGACUUCAGAACGUUCCGUUCAAUUGCACUAACGUGAAGAGUAAGCAAAGCGAACCCAGCAAACACUCAGGGUUUUCUCCUUCAGACAACAGCACAGCCAACACGCCCCAAGAUUACAGCGGCAACAUGAAAUCAUUCCCAUCCAGGAGCCCCUCCCAGGGAGAUGAAGAUUCCGCUCUGAUUCUCACCCAAGACAAUCUGAAAAGCUCAGACCCAGACCUGUCGGCCAACAGUGAUCAGGAGUCUGGGGUGGAGGACCUGAGCUGUCGGUCUCCAAGUGGCGGGGAGUGCGCGCCCGGUGAAGACAGUGGCAAGGACCGCGAUUCCGAUGAAGCAGUGUUUCUCACUGCGUGAGCUCUCGCCGGGAGCUCCAAAAUAAAACACGCAGGGAACUGUGCAAGGCAGAGUACAAAAUAUCUCAAGAAAUGGUAUGUGUCAGCAGGAAUUAGAAAACGUAAUGAUAAAAAGGGAAAAGACCUUUUGCUUUUGAUCAGGUGUUGAAGAACAGGAAAAAGCCAUUUCUCCUCUCUACUGUUAACGCUUUUAUGACUUGUGGGACAGAGAGGGCUGCCUAUGCCUUCCGUCCCUGGAGUUGGUCCUGUCCCACUGAUGACCCAUGCUGUUGGCAGGCAGGGUGUGGGUAACUGUUUGCAGUGAGCGUGUGCCACAGAGACAGUAGUUUGUACAGGGGAGUGUAUGAGGUGCUGCAGCAGCCUAGAGGUGUGAGUGUUUAAAACGUUUGUCUUUUUUGGCUUUUGUAAAGCAAGAUAAGCCUUGUAUUUCCAGGUUCCUGUGCACUAUUUGGAAGUUGCACUUACAAAUGUGAAAUGUGAAAAUUCCACAUUCCAGCACAGACUGCAUUUUCAGGUGCCAUACAUUACAUGUACCUGUCAAAAGAGCAAGAGGAUGAUGCAGAGUUCAGAGCAACAUAUCUGUCCCAUGUAAUUGUCCCUAGAGCCCAGAGGGAUGUGUCUCACAUAAUCCUGCCCUGAGGUGAUACAUGUGUGUCCCAUAUUUAUACUCCGAGUCCAUAGCAUAUAGUCCCAAAUAAUAUGUGUAAAGAUCCUUCCCCCUUAUUAUCUGCCCCAAACUCAGACAUACUCAACGACUCAGCAUGCAUUCCAUUAGUGAAAAAACACUUUAGCACCAAAAUAGUAGCAGCAGAUAAUGGUUUGGACAUAAAAGGGCUAAGAAAAUUAUUUCCCAUUUCAAAUUCUCACUCCAAAAUUUUGCUUGUUAGAGAGCGAUUUCUACCAUUAUCAGACUUUCUAAACAGAAACCUCUCGUUAGAACAUGCAUCUGUAGGGUGUCCCAACCCUUUCUGUUCUGCUGUUAUUCUUAGUUAAUCUUUCCCCUAUUCCAUUUACAGGUCAAUUCUUUCCCCUAAAUUAUUUAAUAUUGUCUUCUUUUCUAUGUUGUUACUAUUUUAAAACAGCACAUUGUUGAGCUGUACCAUUUUCUGGUAAUAGAUGUGUCCCUACACUUGAGGGGCUUCACAAUUAUUUAAGCUUGUUUCAGAUUUAGUAAUCACUGCUCCUUAGAUAUUUUGCAUUGUUAAACAUUUUGUUGCUUUUCUUGAACUUCUGAUACUCAUCAUUUUAAAAAAUGCUAAGACUUGUGACUUCUUUGCUAAUAGGUGUCUAAUACUUAAUAAAGCAGAAGCACCAUCCA